AUUUACGACAGUGUCGUAAACUCCUGCUCCACUAACGUUAAGUACUCCAUGGAAACGAGCUCGCGGUCGGAGUUUUGUUUACAUACUUGGGGAGCGAACAGCUACGGGCAGCUGGGACAGGGGCAUGUGGAGGACCAGUCCGACCCCCGGCUCUCCGACCCCGCUGCCCUCCACAGCGGCGCCGUACGGGCUCUGUGCGGCGGCGGGGGUCACUCCCUGGUUGUCACCGAGAAUGGAGAGGUAUUUGUCUGCGGACAGAAUCACAGAGGCCAGCUGGGACUUGGCCACAAUGCCGACAUCUCAACUCUUCAGCUCUGCACGAGCCUGAGUCAGAGGGUCACAACAGUAGCCUGUGGUUGGGAUUUUACUCUUCUUCUCACCGAUUGUGGUGGAGUACUGGCAUGCGGCUCCAAUGCAUUUGGACAACUUGGUGUUGGACAGACAGUCACACACUCUGCAGAUCCACUGGUUGUGAAGAGUCUGAGGGAGCCCGUGGUGAGUGUCGCAGCAGGACUCAGACAUUCACUCGCUGUUACUGACUCAGGCUGUGUAUAUCAGUGGGGAAGUGGUCUUUUCAGGCACGCUAAGAGAGCACUCAGUCCACGCCCUGUCCCAUCACACCUCGGCUCUAUGGUGCCCUCUUUGGUACCAGGUCUGGAUCAGAAGACUUCACGCAUGGUAACUGCAGGCUCAGCACACUGUGUCUGCCUUACAGGAGACGGUGAUUUGUUUCUGUGGGGAAGCAACAAGCACGGCCAGCUGACCACCACAGAGCCCUUCCUGUCCUCUCCCUCUCUUGUGAAGCGCUCACUCCUGGGUGGGGAGAAAGUUAUUCACGUGUGGAGCGGCUGGACACACACUGUUGCUCAAACAGAGACUGGGAGAGUGUUCACAUGGGGCAGAGGAGAUUAUGGACAGCUGGGCCGACUAGCAUCAACCAGUCAGAACCCAGAGCGGCCAUCAGUGGGGCCUUCAGCAGAAGCUGGGAACCAGGAGGCUUGCCUCCCUGCGGAGGUUGAAGUCCUCUGUGGAGCGACGCAGAUUGCAUGUGGAUCUGAACAUAACCUUGCAAUUGUAGGGGGGCGCCUCCUCUCCUGGGGCUGGAACGAACACGGAAUGUGUGGAAACGGUUCACAGACCGACGUCCGUCAGCCACAGCUCGUUUCUGGUCUCAGACCUCUUCUGAUUGGCUGCGGAGCAGGACACUCUAUGGCAGUGUGCGCUACGAUGCCUGACUCGAGACAAAACUCUGCACUGGCUCCACUUCGGUAACAUCGGAGCAGGGACAUUUAUUCAGCAUGAGGCAAUCAGAGACUAGAAAACAGAAUGAAUUUGUGAAUUAACAUGUUUCUGAUUUGGGGGCUUAUUGGUGCUCACAUACGAUUAUUGUAAGUGCCUUUUGAAUAUACAUUAACUUUCACCUUCUAAUAAGGUCCCUAAGCUUCUUGAAAAGGUCAGACUUCAACCGCAGUCGUCAUAAAUACUGUUGUGUGGUUGUACAGAGGCUGAGUUAUGUCACAUGUGGACAGAGGCCAUAAUUUCUCCGACCAGCCCAUCACUUUGAUGGACGCCAUAGGGGCCGAUGGUUUUGCAGGACAUGGCCGUGCCUAUGGCUCUUGGUCCACCUGCUGUGUUUGUCUUCCUGAAUGAAGCUGUUAUGGAUCGUGUGAGGGAUGGGCGAGACUGGUGCUAUAGCUCCAUCUUCCCAUGUCAGCAGUUUUAUUGCUGUGAUCUUGAGUGUCAGGAGGCAGUCAAUCUCUGCACAUCAUUCUGAGAAUCUCUGUGAUUUACCUCUUAUACAUACAGUACAGUAUUUUCUUCUUUGGCAACUGUCCAUCACUUAUUUAUAAUCUUGUCAUUCUGUCAUAUUCUUUGAUGCUCUGUUUGUCUCAUUUGCAGCUUCCAUACUGUAUACUGCUUUAAUCCCUCUUGGGGAAAAUUUGUCCGCUGCAUUUGACCCAACUUACAUAUUUAUAAGCUGUAGACGCCCGCAGUGCAGCAACGGGGACCAGCUGCAGAUCUGAAGCCAGUACUGUGGUCAAGGGCAAUGGCAGGGCUAAGAAUGGCUCACGGAUCAUAUCUUUGCAAUUUAUUUACUUUUUUAUUUUGAAGGUUUUCAUUUUAUGCUGACGGUUUAUGCAAACUAAAU